AUGCGCUCUUUCCUCGCGCUGUGCUUCGUUGCGCUAGCGCAGGCCAUCGAGCCAGCUCGUCAGCCUCAUCCACCCACGGGAAGCAAGAAUGGCACCCUUCUGACGUUCAACGUGACAUCUGGGUCCUCCCUGUCUCCGUCUUCGAGGAGCCUGCGGUGGGCUGCAACGGGCGAAAGAGAUGGUCAAUUCAUUUACGCAAGCAACGGGUCGCUUGUGCUCGAGGACGUGGUCACGGGAAGAAACGAGGUGUUCGUCUCGUCGAGUCAACUUCCCGAGGAUUACUAUACAUAUUGGAUCGCGCCUGAUCUCACGAGAGUGCUCUUCGCGACGAACUACACCAAGCAGUACCGGCAUUCCUACUUCGCCGACUAUGUCAUCCUCGACCGUGCAUCGGGCACGCUAGAUCCUCUGGUAGACAACCAAGUCGGCGACAUCCAGUAUGCAGAAUGGAGUCCUGUGAACAACGAAAUUGCGUUCGUCCGCGGAAACGACCUGUACAUCCGGCACAACGACUCGACAAUUACUCAGAUCACCUACGAUGGAGGCCCUGACGUCUUCAACGGAGUGCCUGAUUGGGUUUACGAGGAGGAAAUCUUCGGCACUAACUCCGCGCUCUGGUUCUCCCCGGACGGCGAAUAUCUCGCUUUCCUCAGCUUCAACGAGACAGGAGUUCCAACAUUCACUGUGCCCUACUUCAUGGGCGAACCUGGCCAUGGACAGUCCAUUGCGCCCCCUUACCCGUAUGAGCUAGAUAUCCGAUACCCUAAAGUAGGCGCCACCAACCCGACUGUUUCCUUCCGCCUGCUAGACCUUGUGGCCAUGGAGAACAGCACCAUCCCGAUCGAGGCUUUCCCUGCGGAUGAUUUGAUCAUUGGAGAAGUGGCUUGGCUAACAGAGGAGCAUUCAAGUGUGAUGUACCGCGCAUUCAACCGUGUGCAAGACCAAGACAAGCAUGUCGUAGUGAAUGUGCAAACCGAAUCAUCUAAGGCGGUCCGAGAACGAGAUGUUUCGGGCUCAGGCUGGCUCGACAAUAACAUGGCAAUCACAUACCUUGGCAGCAUCCCGCUCAAUGGAACAGCCAAUGCCAGCGCCAGCGCCACGUACUACCUAGAUAUGUCUGACACAUCUGGCUGGAACCACCUCUACUUGUUCCCCGUCUCCGGUGGUCCGGCGAUCCCGCUGACCUCCGGCGAGUGGGAAGUGACCGCCAUCCUCAAAGUCGACUCCGCGCGGUCCUUGAUCUACUACGCCUCCACCGAGCACCACAGCACCGAGCGCCACGUCUACUCCGUCUCCUACGCGACCUUCACCAAGAAGGCCCUCGUAGACGACACCGUCUCCGCGUACUGGACGGCCUCCUUCUCCGCAUCCGCAUCCUACUACGUGCUCAGCUACCGCGGCCCCGACGUGCCCUACCAAGAAGUCUACUCCAUCAACUCGACAACCCCCAUCCGCACGCUCACCAGCAACGCCGCCGUCUACGCGCGCAUCAACAGCUACAAUCUGCCCAAUAUAACCUACUUCGAGCUCACCCACCCCGACGGCUUCACCCUAAAUGUGAUGCAACGUCUCCCAGCCAACUUCGACGCCUCGAAAAAGUACCCGGUCCUCUUCACGCCGUACGGCGGCCCCGGCGCCCAGGAAGUCACCAAGGUCUUCCAGGCCCUCGAUUGGAACGCCUACAUCGCGUCAGACCCGGAAUUGCAAUACAUAACCUACACGGUCGAUAACCGCGGGACGGGCUUCAAGGGCCGCGCCUUCCGCGCCGCUGUGAGCCGGCAGCUCGGGCUCCUCGAGACCCAGGACCAGAUCUGGGCGGCGCGGACGCUGGCGCAGCAGAACGCAUUCAUCGAUGCCGAGAAGAUCGGCAUGUGGGGCUGGUCCUAUGGCGGAUACCUCACCUCCAAAGUCAUCGAAGCCAAUAGCGGCGUCUUCAGCCUCGGCCUCAUUACUGCCCCUGUCUCCGACUGGCGGCUCUACGAUUCAAUGUACACUGAAAGAUACAUGGGCCUCCCCUCCACCAACAGCGCCGGCUACAACACCUCCGCCGUGCGCUCCGCGACCGGUUUCAAGAACGUGGCCGGGGGCACACUAGUGCAGCACGGCACAGGCGACGACAAUGUACAUUUCCAGAACUCGGCCGCGCUGGUAGAUACGCUGGUGGGCGCGGGGGUCAGCCCGGAGAAGAUGCAGGUGCAGUGGUUCACGGAUAGCGAUCAUAGCAUCCAGUAUAAUGGCGCGAAUGAGUUUCUAUACAAGCAGCUUACGAAGAAGCUGUUUGAGGAAAAGCAGAGGGUGCCGGGGGAGAGGGUGGUGCAUCAGUGGAGUAGGAGAGGGGUGAGGAGGGAGGGGAGGUUGUGA